AUGCAAGGAUGCUUACGCGUUGAUGGAGAUAUCGCGCCGGAAUGGUCCAUUGUAGAAUUGAACGUGGCGGAUGACAUAGAACCCUAUAAUAUGAAAUUAAUAAAUACCACUGUCAGCAAAAGUGAGCAAUAUGGGAAUGUAGUAAAAGAUCUUUACGCCGUUGUAAUAGGUCAAGUCUUUGUUGGACAGGAAUGGAACCCUGUGAAACCAGAACAAUUCGUAAACGGCGGAGGGGGUAAGAGGAAUAGGGAAAAGGUUCAAACGUUCACGCCUGAAGCCCGCGAGGAUUGGGAAAAAGCAAAACUAGAAUCACAACUUAGUAUGCCAAUACUUUUAUACACCACCAUGCUUGACAUAUGA